AUGACUGUUGCAGAGUUCACUUUAUCCAAUUUGACCGUAUUGCAUGUUGUUUCGAAAUCUACUACAGUCAGCGAGAUGAUUAGCGUGGUAAAACAAUACUGGCCUUAUGUCCCUGAAGACCUCGUACUUUUUAAUUACACUGUAGAUGGAAUUUCACAUGUGAUUAAUCACGAUUUGGAAUUGAGGUUUUUCAUUCACUACUGCAUCUCGAAAGGGAUUGAUGUGUUGAAGUUUAACAUCCAGUUUAAGAUUUGUGUUGAUUCUGUUCCUCCUGCUUCUUCUGUUGGUCCUUCUUCGUCAUCAUCGAGUUGUGUUUCAAAUAACGAGGUGGAUAUUGUAGAAGAUUUGACGGAUGAUUUUUUAUUGAUCAAAAGGGUCCCCAAGAAGUCAGAUGCUUGGGCCAACAUCUUAACCGAAGAAGGGCAGGUUUUUGAAAAUAAAAACGAUUGUCGUGAUACUUUUAAGAAGUAUGAAUUUCAGAGUGGUUACAAAACUGAACUUAUUAAUAGUGACAAGAAACGUUACAUUGUCCGGUGUAAGAACAAGGAAAGUCAAAAUUGUAGCUGGAGGUUUCAUGCAUCUGUCGGUGCCAAUACUAAUGGAGUUAUUGAUCUCUCAUAUAGUCAGGCAUACCAUGGUUUACAGUUCACAAAAGAGUCUCUUUGGGGUGAUGAUAUCAAGUCCUAUUCAGACUUUAUUUGGUAUAAAGAAUCAAUUGAGCGUUAUAAUCCUGGAAGCGUCGUCAACUUUGAGUAUGAUGGUGUAACAAAGCAGUUCCAGAGGUUUUUUGGUGCUUUCGAAGCUUCCAUUAUUAGUUUCAAUAAGUACUGUCGUCCGAUGUUAUUUAUUGAUUGUACUUUUCUCACUGGGAAUUUUAAGGGCGGUCUUAUAGUUGCUUGCGGGAAAACUGAGAUCUAUCCAGUUGCAUUUGGUAUUGUACCUUGCGAGAAUUGUGAGAGUUGGGAAUGGUUCUUAACCGACUUGAAGGGUAUUAUCAGUGAAGACCGUCCACUGACCAUAAUAUCAUACCGUGGAGCUGGCCUUUUGAAGCAUGUCCCUGUUAUCUUCCCAAAGGCUCACCAUUCGUACUAUUUGUACCACAUGAAAAGGAAUAUUCCGGUUCCAAAGGGAAAGAGCAGGCAAACUGCUGUGAAGUUGUUUGAAGAGUGCUACACUGCUUUAACAAAGGAUAAGUUUUAUGCUGCUGCCAAGAGUAUGAGCAAUCUGAAGCUCGAUUCAGUUAUUGAUUGGAUGAUAAAGAUUCCAUUCCAGAAUUGGGCUGCUCAUGCAUUUCAAGGAGAAAGGUUUGGUGAGAACACAUCAAACAUUGCAGAGAGUUUUAACAGUGUCAUUAAGCAUGAUAAACGACUUCGAGUACUUGAGCUUAUCGAUUGUAUUCGUGCUAAGGUAAUGGAUCAUAUCUACAAGAGGUUGGUGGAGUCUAGUAAGUGUACUGGAAAGCUUACUCCCCGAUGUAGUCUAGGCUCAACAAGAGGGUGA